AUGAAACAAGCGGUGUCCCAUUGCGCAAGCUACAUCGCCUUGGUUAAGGACACCGAUCUUCAAAUCCACCAGCUUCUGCCAGGAUCAUUAAUUCGAUCUUAUAAUUUGAAUCUUUGCUUCCGUCUCCACAAACAGGACAACCAGCGACCGAAAUCGAAUACCCCAGUCCAAGUAGGCUUGAUCCAAUGGGAAAUCGCCACAAAUGACCGUUGCACAAAACUAGCAGUCUACGCAUUUGACCUGAAUCUCCACGGCGUGCUUGUCUUUGACUUAACUGAAGACCUUCCUGUUUUCAUAGAACAAGAUCCUAUAGGCGUGCUGGCACUAGAGUGGAUCCCUGGCGUUGAUUCGGAGGGUGCUUACACUAACUGUACCCAAAUAUGUGUCUUUUCGUCAUACGGACUUGAUGCGCGUGUCUACUCGCUAGAUUGCACCCACGUCCUCUUCACAAUCCCAAAGCCACUUUAUAACAGCAUCAUCAUUCGUCCUGGAGACUCACACAUAUGGUCGGUAAUUGCAGCCCCAUAUUAUGAAAAAAACCUGGCUCUGAGGUCCAUUAUGGCUGACACUGGUCGAGACUACCCUGUUAUUUUUCAUUUGCAUAAUCAGGGUUCCAUCAGCAAAGUGUUAGCUGUUUUGCCUUUGAAUUUCUUCCCCUCUCUGUCGUCCACGUUUGACUGGUCAGAAAAUGGGAAGUGGCUAAAGUAUUUUGAUACUUCUCUUCUGCAAUACAGUCUUAAAGUCUUCAACAUAUUUGCUCUCCACAAUAUUCCGGUGGGUAGCGUGACACAUCAUACUGUACAAGCAACUGCAACAUAUGAUUAUGAGAAAACCGAAGCGAAGACUAACUGGUGCUCGUCUUGGAUUUCAAGUGAUAACACAGACUAUGUUAUUGCAAUGGCGUCUGAUGGUGGACUAGCAAUACCUUAUCGAACUUAUGAUAUUUCACACAUGACUGUUUCCCAAAAAAUGCUUUUAGACUUGAAGAAUGUUCGAAAUGUAUGGCAUUACGUUCAAGAUAGUGACAGAUCCAUUGCGUACCAACGUACAUCUGGCCCUUUGAUUUCUGCGCCACCGCAAUGGCACAUUGCAUUUUCCACUGGGCACCAUUUUUUGUUAGCAAGUGAAAACCUGAUUGUUCUUGUUGCAGCAAAAAGAGAUUUGCCACUUACUCUUGAUGUCGAAGCAAUCAUCACAGCCCCGCUGCGAUUUCUCAAGACAAAACUCCUUUCCAAAGACAGACUAUUGUUCGUAUUUAGUGACCAUGCAGCCAUAUUUACAUCAUCUGGAAUUGAAAUACUUGCAACAAGCAGAUAUCAAUUUUCAAAUGCUUACAUAGUUGAGUCCGACAAUGGUUGCUUAACUACUUUGGUCGAAGAGACACCGAGUGGUGUCGUUUGGCGACAGGUCCGACAUGAAUUUGACAGGGAAGAAAACGGUGUUAUGGAUGAUUCCAAUAUGGAAAUCAUGCGCAAGUUUCAGUAUACAGAAGAGAACAGCAAGGUGGUUAAUCUCAUGAAAGACGUUCAGCACAAUGAAUGGGGACAACAAGCAAAGCGCACUCUACAAGAUCCCACUGACACCUUCCAAACAAAAAAGAGAAUCUAUAGUACAAACAAGCCCACAUAA